GAGCAGCAGAUGGAGCUGAGGGGUGAAGUCAUCACAGUCAGCGUGUGAGAACAGGACCAGGGUCUGUCUCCGGAGCCAGCUAAUUGAGCUCGGAUGAGUGAGAGCAGACACAGGUAGGCGCUGUGUUUGAGUGUGUUGUUCCCCCUCUUCCGUGUGGGUGACUAUGAACAAAAGGGCAGACUCUUUCCUCUAAUCAAGCUAAUGGAGUGAGAAUAAGCGGGUGGCUGAACUAGAUGGGCAGCGACAUGCAGAAGGGCCCCUGGGGGAACUGAGGGAGUCUGAGGUGAAGACUUGAGCCUCUGAUUGACAGGACACGGGCUGAUAAAAAGCCCUGGCGUGUUCAGGUCCGAGGAGCAUACGGUGACAAGAGCUGUGGUUCAUGUUGGCCGUCUACACCGCAACUACAGGCCUGUGGGAAUCGCCGCCCGUCAACAGCAACAACCUGCGGUGCUGUAUUUGAGUGUGUGUUCAAUAGACAACAUGCUGCCUUUGGCUGCAGGACAGCAGCUGAGCCACAGCCUGAUGACCCCGCAGAGGAAGAAAUCCCAGUGGCCCGGGGUGGUGCUGGUGCUCCUGCUCUGGGUCUCUCUGCAACCCCUCCACCAGGCGUCAGCCGUCAACCUGCGCCGCUUCAUCGGCUGUGCCGUCCGGGAGUUCACCUUUCUGGCCAGGAAACCCGGCUGUGGGGGCAUGCACAUCACCACCGACGCCUGCUGGGGGCGCUGUGAGACCUGGGAGAAGCCCAUCCUGGACCCUCCUUUCAUCGAGUCCUUCCAGCGGGUUUGCACCUACAACGAGACCCGUCUGGUCACCGUGAAACUGCCCAACUGCCUGCCGAACGUCGACCCAACGUACACGUACCCGGUGGCCCUGAGAUGUGACUGCGACGUCUGUCUGACCAGCACCACUGAAUGUAUAACAUCUGUGUAACACAGCAGAGUGUAACACAGCAGAGUGUAACAGGCAGAACAUAUACUGCUUUAGCUGUAUAUGUUCGUGGGUAUUGAAAUGUGA